GGGGGGACGCGGGAGCAACCAAGGACCGCCCAGGGCACUCUGAUAGGCGAGCUCGCUUCUAGGCAGGGGGCGGUGCCGCUCAGAAUGUGCGGAUAAGGAGCUGUCCUUCACCCUGGUGCUGAAUCUAGCUCUUGCGCCGGAACAAAGUACUUUAGACUAUUGGUGGAGCUGUGCGCAAGAUCUGAACCUUUAAGAAAGGCAAUCUUUAAGAGAAGGCAAGCAAGAAAGGCAAGCACAGAAAGGGACAGUUGCAGGAACUGUCGACUGCAGCUCGGAGCUCCGAGGAAGCUCUGCUACGGUUUCAGUGGAGGAUCUGAGAAGCAAAAUGGAGUGAAGGAGAAGAGUGUCUGUUUAAGGGGGGGUGGGAGGGGGCGAGGCUGUGCGAAGGAGUGGAAACAGAGAGUGAGAAAAGAAAAGAAAGAAAAGCCAAGGCUGGUGCCUAUGAAUUUGGGAUUCAACUGGAAGAAUCGCUCACUCGGGGGAAAUGGAUUCUGUACCAAGACUGACCAGCAUUUUGACUUUGGUGCUGUCUGGCUUGUGGCACGUUGGAUUAACAGCGACAAAUUACAAUUGUGAUGACCCAUUGGCCUCUUUCCUCUCACCGAAGGCUUUCUCCAGUUCCUCAGAUCUCACUGGAAGUUCCAGCUCAGCUCAACUGAAUGGGAGAAUGGGAACUGGUGGUUGGUCUCCAGAAAAUUCCAGUGCCCAUCAGUGGCUGCAGUUGGACCUGGGAAACAGAGUAGAGAUUACAGCAGUGGCCACACAGGGAAGAUAUGGGAGCUCUGACUGGGUGACAAGCUAUUGCCUGAUAUUCAGCGACACAGGGCACAACUGGCAACAGUACAAGCAAGGAGACAGCAUCUGGACAUUUAUAGGAAACAUGAAUGCUAACAGUGUAGUUCACCACAAGCUACUGCACGCUGUGAGAGCCCGCUUUGUUCGCUUUGUGCCCUUGGAAUGGAAUCCAAACGGAAAGAUUGGCAUGAGAGUGGAGGUCUAUGGAUGCUUCUACAAAUCAGAUGUUGCUGACUUUGAUGGCCGGAGCUCACUUUUGUACAGGUUCAAUCAGAAGACAAUGAGUACCCUCAAAGAUGUGAUCUCCCUGAAAUUCAAGAGCAUGCAAGGAGAUGGGGUUCUGUUCCAUGGGGAAGGACAACGUGGAGACCACAUCACCCUAGAGCUCCAGAAUGGAAGACUAGCCCUAUACCUGAACUUGGAUGAUAGCAAAGCCCGCCUCAGUAGUAUUACACCCUCAGCCAUUCUGGGUAGCCUUCUGGAUGACCAGCACUGGCACUCAGUUCUCCUGGAGCGUGUGGGAAAGCAAGCAAACUUCACUGUGGACAGGAACACCCAGCACUUUCGGACCAACGGUGACACUGAUGCCCUGGACAUCGACUAUGAGCUCAGUUUUGGAGGAAUUCCAGUACCAAGUAAACCUGGGACCUUUUUAAAGAAAAACUUCCAAGGCUGUAUUGAAAACCUUUACUACAAUGGAGUGAACAUAAUUGACUUGGCUAAAAGACGCAAGCAUCAGAUCUACUCCGUGGGCAAUGUCACCUUUUCCUGCUCAGAACCACAAAUUGUACCUAUCACAUUUGUCAACUCCAGGAGCAGUUAUUUGCUGCUACCUGGCACCCCCCAAAUUGAUGGUCUAUCAGUGAGUUUCCAGUUUCGAACAUGGAAUGAGGAUGGUCUGCUUCUGUCCACAGAGCUGUCUGAAGGCUCAGGAACCCUGCUGCUCAUUCUGGAGGGCGGGACUCUGAGACUCCUGAUUAAGAACGUGGCAGGACAUGGAACUGAAAGCCUCACAGGCAGAAGCUUGAAUAAUGGCCAGUGGCAUUCUGUCAACAUCAAUGCAAGGAGAAAUCGUGUUACUCUCACACUGGAUAAUGAUCCUGCUUCUCCAGCUCUGGAAACCCCCUGGCUACAGAUAUAUUCUGGAUAUAGUUACUACUUUGGAGGGUGCCCUGACAAUCUCACCGAUUCCCAAUGCUUAAAUCCCAUUAAGGCUUUCCAAGGCUGCAUGAGGCUCAUCUUUAUUGAUAACCAGCCCAAGGACCUCAUUUCAGUUCAGCAAGGUUCCCUGGGGAAUUUUAGUGAUUUACACAUUGAUCUGUGUAGCAUCAAAGACAGGUGUUUCCCCAACUACUGUGAACAUGGAGGACACUGUACUCAAACCUGGACAAACUUCUACUGCAACUGCAGUAAUACUGGUUACACAGGAGCCACCUGUCAUGAUUCCAUCUAUGAGCAAUCCUGUGAGGUAUACAGACACAGAGGAAACACAGCUGGGUACUUCUAUGUUGACUCUGAUGGGAGCGGCCCACUGAGACCACUCCAGGUGUACUGCAAUGUUACUGAGGACAAGAUCUGGAUGACGGUUCAACACAACAACACAGAGUUGACUUGGAUACAGGGUUCCAACACUGAGAAACCCUAUGUCAUGAACUUAAAUUAUGGUGGGAGUAUGGAGCAGCUGGAGGCUCUGAUUGAUGGCUCAGAGCACUGUGAACAGGAGGUAACAUACUACUGUAGGAGAUCACACCUGCUUAACACACCAGAUGGAGCCCCAUUUGCCUGGUGGACUGGGAGGUCCAAUGAGAGGCACCCUUACUGGGGAGGUUAUUUUCCUGGAGACCAGAAGUGUGGAUGUGGCCUAGAGGAGAGCUGCCUGGAGAUGUCAAACGAUACUGGUUUUCUUUCCUUCAAAGAUCACUUGCCUGUAACUCAGAUAAUUAUCAGUGAUACCAACAGAUCAAACUCAGAAGCAGCUUGGAGAAUUGGCCCCUUGCGUUGCUAUGGUGACCGACACUUCUGGAAUGCUGUCUCAUUUUCUACUGAAGCUGCUUACCUCCACAUUCCUACCUUCCAUGCAGAAUUCAGCGCUGAUAUUUCCUUCUUUUUUAAAACCACUGCUUUAUCUGGCGUUUUCCUAGAAAACCUUGGCGUUAAAAACUUCCUCCGACUUGAAAUGAGCUCUCCUUCUGAAGUCAUAUUCGCCAUUGAUGUUGGGAAUGGUCCUAUGGAACUCCUUGUCCAGUCUCCUUAUCCUCUGAAUGACAACCAAUGGCAUUACAUCCAGGCUGAGAGAAACAUCAAGGAGACCUUAUUACAUGUAGACAACCUUCCGAAGAGUAUGAGGAUGGCCUCAGAGGAAGGCCAUUUUCUGCUUCAGCUGAAUAGCCAGUUGUUUGUAGGGGGGACAUCAUCAAGACAGAAAGGCUUUCUUGGAUGCAUCCGUUCAUUACACUUGAAUGGGCAGAAAGUAGACCUGGAAGAGAGGGCAAAGAUCACAUCUGGAGUCAGACCUGGCUGUGCAGGUCACUGCAACAGCUAUGGAAGGAACUGCCAAAAUGGGGGCAAGUGUGUGGAGAAGCAUAUUGGCUACACCUGUGACUGUACCAACUCACCAUAUGAAGGACCUUUCUGCAAGAAAGAGAUUUCAGCACUUUUUUAUUCUGGGACCUCUGUUACAUACAUGUUUCAAGAACCAUACCCGGUGACCAAGAACACAAGCCUCUCAUCUUCAGCUAUCUACAAAGAUACAGCUCCAUCCAAGGAAGCCAUCACACUGAGUUUUAUGACAGCACAAGCUCCCACCCUCUUGCUCUACCUCAAUUUCUCUUCUCAGAAUUUUCUGGCUAUUCUGCUCUCCAGGAAUGGAAGUUUACAGAUUCAAUAUCGACUAAGCAAGGAAGAAAGUCAUGUGUUCACCAUCAGCACAGAGAAUCUUGCCAAUAGAAGAGUACACCAGGUGAAGAUGAGCCGAGAUGGGCCAGAACUUUCCAUUCAGAUGGACCAGCAACUCUUCAGCUAUAACUUCCCCCCAGAAGUGGAGUUCCAAACAGUGAGGUCACUCAUCCUAGGCAAAGUUACAGAAACUCUUGGGUUGGAUCCAGAAGUUGCUAAAGCAAAUACACUGGGUUUUGUUGGAUGCCUCUCUUCAGUCCAAUAUAACCAUAUCGCACCAUUGAAGGCAGCCCUCCGCCAUGCCAGCAUUUCUCCUGUGACUGUUCAAGGGACUUUGACAGAGUCCAGCUGUGACUCCAUGAUAGACUCUGAUGUGACUGGAGUGACUACUGUUUAUUCUCCAUCAGUUCCCUUUGGAAAGACAGAUGAGCAUGAACCACUCACAAAUACAAUCCAGAGUGACUCAGCAUUCAUUGGAGGUGUCAUAGCAAUUGUAACAUUUAUCACUUUUUGUGUCCUUGGAAUCAUGGUGCACUUCCUCUAUCAGCAAAAGCAGUCACACCGUACCAAUCAGAUGAAGGAGAAGGAAUACCCAGACAACUUGGACAGUUCCUUUAGAAAUGACAUUGACUUGCAAAACACAGCCAUCGAGUGCAAACGGGAAUACUUCAUCUGAACUAUUGUGUGGUCAUCUGGUCCUCUUUUUUGCAGAGGUUUCCAUCUCUUUUUCUUUUCUUUCUUUUAAUUUAGGCAUUCUCUUUCUCUCACAGACCAUUCAUUUCUUAGAAUACAUAUUAUCCACCAAGAGCACCAAUCUCCUCGGCCCAGCUCAGGAGAUCAGGUAGCUGUGGAUAUUGUAAUCUAUUGACAUAUGUAUCAUUGUAAAAAAUGACCACUGGGACAGGGACUUUACUAUUUUAAACAAGGAAGAGACACAUGUGCCCACGUGCACAUUCUAUGAUUGUAGUCCAGUUUCUAAACUUCUCUCUUCAGAUUCUCAGGCACUUGAUCUUUCCAGCUUCGAAUAGACUUGAGCUCUGUGGUGUUUGCCUUUAACAAUUGUCCCUGGUCAAUAUCACAUUUUUAGGUAUUACGGCUUUAGAGAAGAAAAUGGAGUGUAUGUGUCUGACAGAGAAUGAUAUUGUCAGAUCAUCUUUUAAGGGAUGAGUUUAUCAGGGAGCAGUUUCCCAAUUAAUCAGGAAAGUAUGAAGAAGAGAAAAUCUACCCAGAGAAAGCAACAUUUGUUCUUUUAAGUUCCUUCUGAGAGAGGAAGGGAGUGUUGAGAUAUUAGGUUACAAAGAAAAGUUUGUAAAGUUGAUAAGCUGUGUGAGUCUAAAUCAGGUAAUUCCCUCUUGUCAUGGCUUAAUGAGCUUAAUGACAAGGCAGAAUUCAUUUUCCUGCCAAUAGCCUUUCUCCACUCAGGACUUAGAUUUCUAGGAGAACAUGACUCCAUUAACAGGUGGGGAGCUGAGUUGAGAGAGGCUAUAGGUCUGCAUGGGAUAUAUAACAGCAGCUCCCCAUAGCACCUUGGAGAACAAAAGGAAUGUAGUUGUAGAGUCCCAGUUAUAAGGACACACACCUGGUAGACCCAAGGCAGAGGGAAACUCUUCUUGCCUGCUAGAUUUUGUGGCAUUCGGAAAGAAACAAGAGAUGUUUAAUUUUGUUAGGUUAAUGUCCAUACUAUAAGUAGCCCCCUGACUCAAUUCAUUAUUUUUUUCCAUAGAAUUUUAGUACUUUCUAAUACUAAGUGAAUGAAUAGUGAACAUCUAUUUUGCUCCUCUCUUGCUAUGCUAUUUUGAGGCAUGAAUACCAGGAGGUUUCAAGAAAGAUAUGAUGAAGUAGCUGUUCCUGUACCUUGCCACUUCCCUUCUCCACAUUACUAGAACAUGUUAGCUAUGAUCUUUCAAAGAUUUUCCUAAGAAAAGAAAUAUACAUGUAUGUGUAUAGUGGUAGUAUACACAGAAUUCGAAUAAAAGUCUAACUUGUUUCUAUGAAAAGGCUUAGGCCAAUCUAACUGAGAUUGUAGGAAAACAGGAAAAAAUAAGGGAAAAAAGAAAAUAUCAUGGAAAUUUAAUCUAAUCAAGAAAUGGUGCAGACCUUUAAUCCCAGCACUUGGAAGGCAGAAGCAGGUGGAUUCCUGAGUUCGAGGCCAGCCUGGUCUACAAAGUGAGUCCCAGGACAGCCAGGGCUAUACAGAGAAACCCUGUCUCAAAAAAACAAAACAAAACAAAAAAACAAAAAAAAACAAAAAAAAAACAAAAAAAAAAACAAAAACAAAAACAAACAAAAAAAGAAAUGUCUGGUAAAGGAAAAAUGUACAGGUUAGCUACCAGGAUUUACAUUAUAGAACACAUGUGGUGACUUCAUUCCAACAACAGAGAUAUUUCCCAGGAGGCAAGGGACUAGAUGUUAUUCGGGGCAGUGUGGUUACCUCUAUAUGAGAGGAUUUCAUGGGAGUCCUUAGUUUGUGAAGCACAUCAUGUUUUCCAGUCUGUACCUGCACCAAUGUAAACAUAAGUAUCUCAUGCAGUUGACUGAUGUGCCUAAGUAAGAGUAAUGCAUUUCAGGGUGUGGGUUCUAUUGGUGGCAAAGCACAUUCAAAGAAGCAUCUUGAAUUUGCUGCAGGUGUGUAAUAUUGAUCAUUUCAUGGUAACAAUAGUUUUAACUGUGCCGUUGGACCACCUCCAAUAAAUGAAUAGGGAGAAACUAUCUAAGCAUUUCAGUUCCCAAGAAAUACUAGAAGCAAGAUCCUGACCAAUUUCCAUUGCAUGGAAGACCUGAUUUGCAACACAUAUACUUGAGAGACAAUAGGCCUUCCUUCUUAGUCAGUAUCCUACCUCUUACUGUCCAUCACUGCUCUGGACAAGGAGGUUCUUAGUAAAGAGCUUGCUAGCUUAAUCCAGUUUCCCAGCUGUAGCUUUUAUUCCUUUACAAAGCUACAGAGGGAAGGAUGGAGUGUGGCACACACCACAAAUAUGAGAUAUUGUUCUAAAUAUAUGUUCUUUCCUUAGUAUUUUAUGUUACUUCUGACAUACCACUUCUUCUUUUAGAAUAUUAAUUUUUGGUAGUGAAUUUAUUUUAAAGUAAUUCUAACAAAUAUGCCCUCUUACAUUUUUAUAUCUUUGAUAAUAGAAAUGUUCGUCUAAUAAAACAAUAGAUAUUAAGAGUAUAUUUCUUUUUCCUUCUAUUUUCCUUUUGUUCUGUUUCUACUUUUGAAUGUUAUAUCUCUAAACAAGACUUUAUAAUUCACAUUUUCUCUUGGCUGCAUAUUUCUCUCACACCAGACAUGAAGGUCAUGCGUAGUUUAGCCCUAAGCACUGUUAGUAGUGAAAUAAGAAGUAAAAAUGAGUGUUGCCUCUAAAAUACUUUCUAACUGUAGUCCUUAGAAGCAAGCAUUACAUUUUGCUGACAUGAUGUUGAUAAAUAGAAUUGGUGUUACAAGCCCACUAAGUGUGUUCAGUUUCCUCAUCCUCUAAGGUGUACUUACAGGUAAUCAUGUAGGAAAAUUCAUGAAGCCAGUCUCUGCCCUCUGCAUAGCACACAUUUUACUGGAUUCAUCCUUAAAUAAGUAGGCUGUACAGACCAGGACACUGGCAUGCAAACAAAAUGCUGAAUAUGUGCCAAGUUGGUGCAAUGUGUGAUCUCAGGGCUAAAUCAUAAUUUUCUCACAAUGCCACAAUACACACCAAGUGAAAAUGUAGUAAUCUGCACCCUCCUACACUGAAUGCCAUCACAGUGAAAAGCAAGAGCCAGUGUUAGCAUAGUGGCAAGAUCUAUUUGGUUUAUCCACUUUCUCAAUUGUGUUACAGCAACAGAAGUCGACACAGAACACCAGUGAGCAGAGAGCAAGUAAUGUGCACAUUAAAUAUAUAAAUCGUUUCCAGAGACUUCUAGAAGACAACACAUUUCUGGCUAAAUCUUUGAAUUUUGUGUCAUAUUUAUUAAUUCUACCAUAUGUAAUUUCUUUGUUUCUCUUCUUCAAACUAUGUAACUGCCCAUGCAGGCAAAUUUCUGUACAAGACAAUAAAGCAUGUCUUGGACAGAGAAAGAGAAAAAGGUACCUAUAUCACACAAUUUCUGUAACUGGGUUCCACCUGGUAGCCCUGGCUGGUCUGGUGUUCUAUUAUAAAUCAGCCUUACCUCAAAACUCAGAGAGAAUUAUCUGACUCUGGCAAGGUGUAGACUAUCAUCUCUCCUUAUAUAAGAUGCAUUUGAAAAAUGUUAAACUUUUUAUAUUAUUGAUAAAGCAUUUCAAAUGCAUGCCUCUAUAUGUGGCAGACACAUGUAGACUGCAAGCAGGAAAGAGCAGUCUACUUCCAUCCCCUUCUGUGACCACUUCUUUGGUGGAUAAUCCCUUAUGCCACAGCUCUCUUAGAUCUCCCUUCCAGUGGUUGAUAGCCUGGAAUUUUUAAUUCUCCCCACUGUGCUGCAAAGAACCAUUAGACUAUAGUUAGAACAAUCUCUGAGACCUAUCAUUAUUUGUCUAUUGAGUUAAUAAUUUAUUGAUGUGCUUCUCAUCUAAGCAACUUCAUACUAAUGUAUGAUCUACAUGGCUUUUUACAGCCUUGUGUUUCAUACAUGUUCUCUCACCGUAUCAUAUCAUCUCAAUUAGAAGACUUACACUGGGAGAGUGCAUUUAUAACAUCCACAUUGUAUCCGUGGACAUGGGCACAAAUCUGUGGAACUAUUGUUUAGUUUGUUUGUCUACCAACUGCUUCACUUCUUUGGAAUUCACUAGUGCUACAAUCUAUCAAUGUUAUUACAACUGCAGUCUGGUAAGAGAAUCAUGGGCACCUAUAUUGUUCUUCCACUUAUUAUUCUGGAAAUGAUUGCUUAUGUAUGCUUGGUCUUCAACUGUCCUCCAGACCAUGUUUCAGCUAAAUAAAUAAGCAUACAAGGUUAUACCUGUAUGUGGCAAAGAAGGAUAAUGGAAGAGGGAUACAGGCAAAUGAAAACAUGUUUCAGUUUUUGAAGAAUGAUUGAGUAAUCUUUAAUUUUCUUCACACAGAUUGUAAAUGUGUUGUUUAAAAGACUCAGCUUAUCUGAAUCACUUCUAUACACUUUUGGACUUUAUUAACAUCUCUUUGGCUUUACCCUGAGUCUUCCUCACAUCAUUUGAUUUGAAUAUGUGUUUUUCUUCUUUCUUAUGUUUGUGUUCACAAAUUCUAUAUAGUUUAUCCACCUGAAGGGAGAGAAUAUGCAACACACACACACACACACACACACACACACACAGAGACACAGAGACAGAGAGAGAGAGAGAGAGAGAGAGAGAGAGAGAGAGAGAACCUUAGCAGAGCUUUUUCUCAAAUAUUAUUCAGAAAACUAAGACUAUUUAGACAGCCAUCACCUGAAACUCUAUGAAGAGUCUUCAUAUGAUUUUCCUCAGUAGACAGUUUGCAUCAAAUAGCAAAUUAAAAUUAGUAGGCUAGUCACAAAUUAUUACAAAGCUGAUAUGUGCUAGUCAUAGUUUCAUUAGCAUUAUACUGUGUCAUACUUCAGAUCCCAGUAGUAAAUCUCAGAGGACAAGGAAAAGACACUGGAUACAUAGAAUAGGCUACUAUUGCCUCCUUGAAUUCCUUCCUCAGAUGUAUAUUUUCAUUGUAAUCUCAUAGGAUGAAAUGAAUGGGGCUCUGUAUAGAUUUACUUUUACAUUAUACUCAGCCAUGUCCCAAAGACAUAUAUGAAGUACGAACUUAAUCUCUUCUCUUUGAAUGAGAGUAUCAGUAAGUACAAUCUUGCCCUGCCUUAAAUAGCAUUGCAAAAAAUAAAUAAAUAAAUAAAUAAAUGAAUAAAUGAAUAAAUAAAUAAAUAAAUAAAUAAAUAAAUAAAUAAAUAAAUAAAGUAAAUGAUCAUACCUGGCCCAAAUUAGUUUGCUUGAAUCAUAAGAAGGACUUUGUAUUUGGUGAAGAUCAAUGCCAGUAAUUUUAUCUUCAACUUGGGAAUAAAUAGGCUUCUCAAUAGCCUAUGUUCAUUUUAAUAGACACUUCCAACUGCCAGAGAACCUAUGGCAGGAAAGUAGAAUAAAAGGACAUGGAGGCACAGGACACAUUCUAAUUAUACCAUAUAAAGUAGACAACACUUCAUAUUUGGUUCAUGAAAUUUCCAAAUUCCAAAGACAAAGACUGUCCAUGUUCAUUUGAAAUGAGAAACUAGAGUCUUCCUGACAUGGUCAGGACUUUCUUUGGAAGAAUGAGAGAUCAGAGAGAUCACUUUCACAAGGUAAAUAACAAAGUAUAAAAGACAAUUUGCCAAAUACCUAACAGGCUGUCCUUUGAUUAAAGCACAACAGAAGCAAAAAAAGACCAUUUAUUUCCUUUGGGGUUAACAUGAGACUACUUGUUUUUUGGGGUUUGUUCCUGUAACAGAAUCCCUAGACCCAUAUGAUGUUGCCACAUUCCAUGUCUGCUUUGUAGACCAUGUAAUAUGUCUUAAUACACUGUAUAGUGAAUGUUAAAGUUAGCCUUCAAUUUCUUUAUUUUCUAUGGUUUUUUGCUGUACAGAAAUAAGACUUACACAUAAAUAUUGUAUAUUUAAUAAAGAAAGAUUUUGUAUCUUUUGUGUGGAAUAUAAA